AUGGAACUGGGCAAAGCCAAGUUGCUGAGGACAGGUCUGAACACGCUACACCAAGCCAUCCACCCUGUCCACGGAAUCGCAUGGACGGAUGGGAAGCAGGUGUGCCUCACCUCCCUCUACUAUGCCAACGGCGACGUGAAAUUCGGCGACACCAACGUCAUUGGUCAGUUUGAGCAUGUCUUCGGUCUCUACUGGGGCCCUCUGUGCUGUUCCGGCUCUCCUGCCCUGUUGGCCGUCCAACACAAGAAGCAUGUCACAGUGUGGCAGUUGCAGCUCAGUGCUCUGGAACAGAACAAGCUGCUCUGCACUCAGACCUGUGAGAUGAGCGAACCUUUCCCCCUGCUGUCUGAGGGAUGUGUCUGGCAUCCCAAGAUGGACAUCCUUUCUGUCCUCACCAAGAAAGAUGCAUCUGUGCUGUUCUGUGUCCGUGUGGACAACCGCAGGGUGAAGGCUGAUAUUAAAGGCAGUGGACUCAUCCACUGUGCCUGCUGGACCAAAGAUGGCACCCGGUUGGUUGUGGCCAUAGGAAGCGCCCUUUACUCCUACAUCUAUAACGAUGUUCAGAAGAGUCUUUUAGCCUGCUCCUUCUGCCCUAUCUUCGACGUGGGUGGGUACAUCUGCGCCAUCGAGUCAACAGGCGAAGCCCAGGUGGCAGUGGCUACAGAGCUACCUCUGGAUAGAAUCUGCGGGCUGAACGCAGGUAUAGCCUUCGAUGUGCCCUCAGAUUCCGAGUCCUCCCUACCUGGACAUUCUUCUCCUAUGGUGAUGUUGGACGAGGAUGGCUGUAUAGACCCCCGCAGGAGGUCCUUUGACUCGGAGAGGUCCUACCUGUCCUGCUCUCCCUCUGGCGGCCCUAUGGACCUCACCCACCUUCUGGCCAAGCACCGGCGCUCCGACCCCAGUCCACUCAUACACCUGCGCCGCAAGGACCACCUGACCGGCUCCGGACAGGAUUCGUCUCACCUUAUCCUGGUCACCUACGAACGGAAAGUCACCAGCACCAGUAAGGUCAGCAUCCCUGGGAUCCUGGUGCCGGACAUCGUGGCCUUUGACUCCAAAGGCUCCACGGUGGCGGUGGCCUCCAACACGUGUAGCAUGGUGCUCGUCUACUGCAUCACGCCCUCCGCUAUGCCCAAUGUCCAGAAGAUCGCCUUACAGAAGAACGAGAGGCCCAAAGGCGUCUGCUUCCUCAGUGACAAGACGUUGCUUCUCAUGAUCGGCAGACAGAAGUCCAACGAACCUGCCUUCCUCCCCUCCUCCAACACGGACAAAUACAUCCUGCGCCUCGCCUCCAAGGAGAUAGUCUACGACGGAGAAACCCCGGCGUCUCCCUCCCCGAACCGGCAAUCCCCUGUUAAUUUCUGCCCGAGGAUUAGGCGCCACUCGGAGCAUGUCUUCUCUAAAGAGGAGCAGCAGGAGCGUGUGGCAAUCAAGGAGUUGGUGCUGCCGGGAGGAGGUGUAAUCCAGUCCCAUUCUCCAGGGAGCAGCAGGAGGAGGCUGGUGGAGGAAGUGAGGAGCCCGGAGCCCAGCUCAUUCGACUUCCCAUACUCUGACCUCUGUCGCCCCUCUGACCAACCCAACUCAAGCGCCUCCUCCAUUACGGUCGAGAACUUCAACAUGGAACCCAUCAACCGGAUGAGAGGGUCAGUGCAAUCCGAGGAGUCGAGUCCACCCUGCUCCCCAUACUACAACCCUGGGGAUAAGCCCCACACGGAGUUCCCCACCUUGCCCAAGACCACCCCCCUGACCCCCAAAGAGAAGGAGAGGAACCUGGAGCAGCUUUCUCAGAACAUGGAGAGGAUCUUUUCUCGCUUCUCUGAGGUGCAACAGUGUCUCACAGAGAUCAAGGACUUCACUCAGAACGGGAAAAGGGGUCUGGGGACUAGUUACCCCAAUGCCUGUGAACCUCCAUACGUUAACAUCACAUGUCAGGUAGGGGUUACAACUUACAAGAGAUUUUCAGAGGCACAUUUUUUAAGAUAAUGCAUAUUUAUUGAAGACCUCACUUAUUUAAAUAAUAGACCGCACCUAUGUACAAUAAAGUUACAUAAGACACACAAAGGAAUGUAUGUAAAUCACACAAAUACAUACUGAAUGCCAUACUGUAGGUAGGCCAUACAUGAAGCCUUAGUCAGCAUUCAGCAGAUGUCAGAUUAAUGGGCUAUUGUUAGCCUUGCUGGGCCUUGUCUGAAGGUGAGGAAGGAGAUGUACUGUAACGUGCUCCCUGGGCUAGAGUCUGUAAUCCACCAUUGGCUUAAAAUAGACAGCAUGCUGACAGCACAGUGUGUAUGCUAUUAUGGUGUUCCCAGAAUAAGCGAUAAAAGUACAGUUUGUGAAAUGAUGCCAUAGUUGCAUCCAUCAAUAACUGUCUGCAUUCUUGAGGUCAGAAUUGUACUAACUACCCCCCCCCUCUCUCUCUCUCUCUCUAUCUCUUCCCUCUCCAUGCAGAAGCAGCUGUCUGAGAAUGUGUUUAUAGAUGAGAGAAGACCAGUGUUGCUGUGUGAGGGGAAGCUGUGUCUGAAGGUUCUUCAGGAGCUUUUUAACCUCACUGUAGUGGAGAUGAUGUAUGGUAGGCAUCUAGCCCGUUGGCUUUCCCCACACCAAUAAUAACACAUGGUUGUGGUGUUGAGAUUAUUUGUUUUCACAUUAUGUACACAUUUAUUUGGACUUCACUGUUUCAUUUUUGGCUCUAUACUCCAGCAUUUUGGAUUUGAGAUCAAAUGUAUUUUGAUACAUAUCUGUUUUACCGUUUAGAAAUUAAAGCACUUUAUGUAUCUAGUCCCCCCAUUUAAAUAAGCUCUUGGACAAAUUCACUUAGUGUAUUAAAGUAGUCAAGUUUAGUGUUUGGUCCCAUUUUCCUAGCACGCAAUGACUACAUCAAGCUUGUGACUCUACAAACGUUUGUUUUGGUUGUGUUUCAGAUUAUGUUUUGCCCAAUAGGAACUAAAUGGUGAAUAAUAAUAAAAUAAAAUGUUUCUGAACACUUCUACAUUUAUGUGGAUGCUACCAUGAUUAUGGACAGUACUGAAUGAAUCCCCUGUUAUUGGUAAUGGUUAGAGGUUAGCAUUUAUGGGGGGAAGGUAUGAUCUUUGUUCCUCUGUAACGUUCUCACUCAUCAUUAUUCACGAUUCAUUCAUGAUUAUUCAUAAUCAUGGUAGCAUCUUCAAAUGUGGUCCUCUGUAGCUCAGCUGGUAGAGCACGGCGCUUGUAACGCCAAGGUAGUGGGUUCGAUCCCCGGGACCACCCAUACACAAAAAUGUAUGCACGCAUGACUGUAAGUCGCUUUGGAUAAAAGCGUCUGCUAAAUGGCAUAUUAUUAUUAUUAUUAUUAUUAUUAUUUAUUAUUAUAAAUGGGGGGUACUAGGUACUUAAAGUGAUUUCAUUUCUAGACGGUAAAACAGAUACGUAUGAAAAUACCCUCAAAUAAAAGGUGACAUUCUGUACUGUCGCCUCAUAUCAAACAUUUGAUCACAAAUCCAAAAUGAUGGAGUAUUGAGCCAAAUGUAGAAUUUUUUUGCUUCACUGUCCAAAUAAAUACGGAUGGGAGUGUAUAUACCCCAGGCUUAAUUCUACCAGUUAUUUGAGGUUAAAGGUAGACUCAGCUAUAUGACAUCAUCAUUCACAGCGGGGUGACUUCCUGCUUACCUGAAAUCAACACAAUUCAAAUAUGCAAAGACUGCCAUUAUUACCUCUUUCAAUGUGGGCAUGCCUCAAGAGGAAAUUGGGUAUAGUGGCAGUCUCUGCAUAUUUGAAUUCUGUUGUGGAUUUCUGUAAGGUCUGGGGCCAACAUUUGCUGUCAAAAGACUUGUAGUACAAAAGGUUAAGUGCGGCUGUCUUUGCCCUAUAGGAACCAAGAGGUAGGGUUGGGCAGUGUUUUCAGAAGUGUGUGUGUAUGCGUGCAUGGUUGUGUGUAUGCAUACUACUGAAUUCGGACGGGGAUAGGAAAAAGGGUUUCACUCAGGUUUCCAGGAAUCCAUUCAUAUAAGAAUAAGCCUAUAACCUAUAUCCUCAGCCAAUAGUCUAGACUGAGGAGCUACUCCAACACUAAGCAUCUCGCAACUAUAUCAAAAUAAUUACAGUGUUGUUUCACUCCACAUAAACAAACAUACAUGAAUGCAUUUUAAACAACAGUAUUUGCCGAUAAACAAAGUGCUUCAGUUAAUGGGCGGAGAGGCUAAAUAUGGGAGUGAUUAUAGGGUUGGCUUAGAUUGAGGUUUAAAACAGAAGCAGCUUACAGUCCCACCACACCUUCCCUGUGUUAGUUCUGCUAAUAUACACUCUCAGCAUGCUCCCUCGCAACACACAGUAUUUAUAGAACAUUUAUAACGCCACCUCAUUCAGGACUUUCACUGUUUGGGUUUUUACAGCAAACUUAGAGCCGGAUGUUGUGGUUACUUUGAUUCCAAAACAGCUGUAUUAGAUAGUAGACACUUGCUGAAUUAGAAGCUUAGUACAAUCUAUUUGAAGGGAUACAUUAAUGUAAUCUGUAACCAGGUUUCCAUUCAACCAUUUCAUGCAGAUGAAUUACCUGACGCAUAAAAUAACUCACGACUGGGCUGAUGGAAACAAGAAAUGUCGGUCAAUUUCAGAAAUGUCGACAAUUUGUUCCUUCGACAUGGAACAUCUUUUUGUGUCGGUAAAAUGUAUUAUGCGAGAAAUAGCGAUGGAUACGCCUUUUUGCGCAAAUAUUGAUAUAAUAACCUUCAUAGCACAGUAAACUUGGAGUCACGCGAUGAGAUCUUGUAUGUGGUCUUCCCACUUGGGAAAGCAUGUAGUUUUAUUAGGCUACAGAUGAAAUAAGUUAUGAUGAACUUCACAGGGUGGUGAAAGUUCAUGGUGAUGAGCUUGAUGCUCCUUUCCAAUACAUAUGGAGGGUCUUAUUCUGGUGAUAUGAUGAUCGAUGCUUGGCUGCCGUUUGCCAAAUAAAAAUAAUCUUGCUCUUAUCCAUAAUAUUCUCAUAAUGUAGGCUAGCAUACCGGCACUGUAUCUGCGAGCUAAUGGCUAGAGCUAUUUAACACAGCCGUUUUUGUGACAAAUCCAUCGGUUCAGUUGAAAAUGCGAUGGAAACACAUACAUUUUUAAGUACCUUUUAUGUGCGCUACGACAUCACGCACUGCUUCUUAUCCGCAAACAAGGCAGUUUGGUGGAAACCGACCACUGAUGGUAAAAUGCGCAUAUUUUCUUUAUGCGGAUUUUACAAUAUUUGCUUGAAAAUCUGUCACCAAUUGGAUGACUCCUGGUUAAAUAUAAUUUAAACCGUCUUAAGCAUGGAGAAAAUAAAAUAUGUGUUCAAUAAAAACUUCCUAAGCUAGCGCUUAAACUUGAAACUACUGUCUCCUGUGUGUUUCAGGUCCGUUGUGGAUAGUCCUAGUGGCGGAUGCAGAGGGCUUUGUACCCCUGACUUUUAAACCCAAAGAGGAGUUGACAGUGAGGAACGGCAAGAGGAAAUCUCCCAUCAGAAGCCCUGGCAGCCCAGACACGUGCCCCUCCAGCCCUGUCAAAUCUCCCUCAAGCCCAGUUAAAUCUUAUGCGAACACAGAGAAUUGA